AUGGUCGACAGAAGACGGAGCCAGGCAGACGAUAAGGAGGAUAAGUAUGCAGCAGGAGUCGCGCGUGCUACGGGCGAAUUGGUCCUGCGCGAUCGAAAAAAUAAUAGGCCGGGUUGCGUCAAGGAAUCCAAGCAGCUGGAGACCGACAGGCCACCUUUCCCAGGCGGGAUACCAGGCUCCCGACGGUGCCGAGACUGCAGGCCUAAAAGGGACGGGGAAUCGGCUCAGCCCGCUGGAAGCUUUCGAGAAGGAGCGACCGGGCUCUGUCAGAUGACCAGGCGGUGGAGAUGGCUUCGGGCUAGGAAAGAGCAGGAACAACAGGCGGUGUUCGGGAAGGAGCAGUCGAGUAUGGUCAGGGACUUGACUCAGCUGCGGAGGAAAGAGCGACGCUCCGACAGGCGGCUCAGGCACUUCCCCCCACCCGACGCGCCGCGGAAGCAGGCCUGCGCUCCGGCGCCGACAGGGGUGACUCAUCACCGCCCGCCCUGCUUCCGGCUCUUUUUCUUGCGCGCCGGAACGCUCCACCCAGGCACGCUGCGACUGGUGCAUCCUCAAGCCUCACGAUUAAUAAUAUUAUGCAAGCAGCAGCAAGCUUUUUUACCACAGGCAGAAAUGUUACAGAGUGCUCCUGUCAGCCCAGAGGCUGUGUUGAUACCGCGGAGUUGA